UCGUGACGCGCGCCGUGCGCGGAGGCCAAGAUGGCGGACGAGGAGGGCGAAGCGCGGCCGGGGGCGCGGAACGGAGCCGGGGAGGGACCCCCGGGCGGGCCCCGCGUCGUCCGCAUCGUCAAGUCCGAGUCCGGUUACGGCUUUAACGUCCGCGGGCAAGUGAGCGAAGGCGGGCAGCUGCGCAGCAUCAACGGCGAGCUGUACGCGCCGCUGCAGCACGUCAGCGCCGUGCUGGGCGGAGGGGCCGCCGACCGCGCCGGGGUGCGCAAGGGGGACCGCAUCCUGGAGGUGAACGGCGUGAACGUGGAAGGAGCCACGCACAAGCAGGUGGUGGAUCUGAUCCGUGCCGGGGAGAAGGAGCUGGUGCUCACGGUGCUCUCGGUGCCGCCACACGAGGCCGAGAGCCUGGAGCCUCCCGAGGAGCCGCUGGGGCCGCCCUUCUACGACUACAGCGAGAAACAGGCGGUGCCCAUCUCCAUCCCCACCUACAAACACGUGGAGCAGAGCGGAGAGAAGUUCGUGGUGUACAACGUGUACAUGGCCGGGCGGCAGCUGUGCUCCAAGCGCUACCGGGAAUUCGCCAUCCUGCACCAGAACCUGAAGCGGGAAUUCGCCAAUUUCACCUUCCCGCGCCUCCCUGGGAAGUGGCCGUUCUCCCUGUCCGAGCAGCAGCUGGACGCCCGCAGGAGGGGCCUGGAGGAGUACCUGGAGAAGGUGUGCUCCAUCCGGGUCAUCGGCGAGAGCGACAUCAUGCAGGAAUUCCUGUCGGAGUCGGACGAGAAUUACAACGGCGUCUCCGACGUGGAGCUGCGGGUGGCGCUCCCGGACGUCACCACGGUGACGGUCAGGGUGAAGAAGAACAGCACCACGGACCAGGUGUACCAGGCGGUGGCUGCCAAGGUGGGCAUGGACAGCGUCACCGCCAACUACUUCGCCCUCUUCGAGGUCAUCAACCACUCCUUCGUGCGGAAGCUGGCGCCCAACGAGUUUCCCCACAAGCUGUACGUGCAGAAUUACACGUCGGCGGUGCCGGGGACGUGCCUGACGCUGCGCAAGUGGCUCUUCACCACCGAGGAGGAGGCGCUGCUCAACGACAACGACCUGGCCGUCGCAUACUUCUUCCACCAGGCCGUUGAUGACGUCAAGAAAGGCUACAUCAAAGCCGAGGAGAAAUCCUACCAGCUCCAGAAGCUCUGCGAGCAGAGGAAGAUGGUCAUGUACCUGACGAUGCUGCGCUCCUGUGAGGGUUAUAACGAGAUCACGUUCCCGCACUGCUCGUGCGACUCGCGGCGCCGCGGCCACGUCAUCUCCGCCAUCAGCAUCCGCCACUUCAAACUGCACGCCUGCACCGAGGAGGGGCAGCUCGAGAACCAGGUGAUCGCCUUCGAGUGGGAGGAGAUGCAGCGCUGGGACACGGACGAGGAGGGGAUGGCGUUCUGCUUCGAGUACGCGCGCGCAGAGCGCAAACCGCGCUGGGUCAAGAUCUUCACCCCCUACUUCAAUUACAUGCACGAGUGCUUCGAGCGAGUGUUCUGCGAGCUCAAGUGGAGGAAGGAGAACCUUUUCCAGCUGGUCCGGUCACAGCAAAGGGACGCGGCCACUUAACCCCGGCAGCUUUUCCAUGAAUCCCAAAAAAUUCCACUCUUGUAUUAAAGCCCCUCCCCCAAAACUAAAUCUCAUUAAUUCCAAAUCCAUUCGUGCCCAUCAUCCUCAUGGAAUUCCAGAAAAAAAACUGGGAAAAGCCACCUCAGGGGGGCUCCUUUUUCCCACUCAGAUCCAGCUCCAGGCUGGGAAUUUUGGGAAUUUUGGGAUUUUUUUUUUUUUUUUUUUUAAAACAACUGGAAUUUAAAAAAUCAUUGUCAGAUGUGGGGAGGAAAAAAAAAAAAAAAGGGGGGAAAAAAAAAAGCAGGAAAAAUCCUUGGGAAUGUUCCAUCCCUGCCUGGCAUCCGUGGGAAUAAUUCCUUGGGAAUUCCAAGGGGUGGAAGUUGAUUUUUAAUGGGAUUUUCCGCCCGUUUUUCCUCCAAAUCCGGGGGUUUUUUUAAAAAAAAAACCACGGGAAAAGCAUCCAAAAGGAGUAAAAUUCCAAGGAAAAAUUCCUGGCACAAGGAUCCCGCUCAUGGAUUCGUUUUCCCGCUUUGUUGGGGAAUUUGGGAAUUUGUUUUCCCAGGGAUUUGGGUGUUCCCGGCUCCUUGGGAUCCCCCUGGAUGGGGAUGAGCAGAUCCCAGGAGAAAAAAAAACAAAAAAAUCCUGGAAAAGCCAAUUUUCCCAAUUUUUGAGCACUUUUUAUCCAUGAUUUGGGCGUCCAAGCAGGAAAAAUAACCUGGAAAAAACAAUUUUUCCCUGUUUUCAGCAGGAUUUUUCCGUCAUUCUGGAGGGAAUUAAGGUGGAAAACUCAUUUUUCCCUGGUUUUGAACGGGAUUUUUCCACAGAUCCAGUGGCCAGGAUGGAAAAAUAAACUGGAAAAUCCCUUUUUUCCCUGGCUUGGAGCAGGGAUUUUCCAUGGCUUGGCUGCUGCCAGAGGGAAAAACCCUUUGGAAAAGGCGUUUUCCCUAAUUCCAAGUGGGUCUUUCCCAUGUUUUGGGAGGAAAAUUAAGCUGGAAAAGCCAUUUUUCCAUGGAUUUGAGCAGGUCCAGGAGGCCCAGCAGGAAAAAUCACCUGGAAAAGGCAUUUUUCCAUGGAUUUGAGCGGGAUUUUUCCGUGUUUUGGGAGGAAAAAAUCACCUGGAAAAGUCGUUUUUCCGUGGUUUUUUCCAUGGUUUUAAGUGGGAUUUUUCCAUGUUCUGAGAGGAAAAAAAAAACACCUGGAAAAGCCAUUUUUCCAUGGUUUUAAGUGGGAUUUUUCCGUGUUUUGGGAGGAAAAAACCACCUGGAAAAGGCGUUUUUCCCAAUUUUUGGGCUGGCCUGGAGCUGGUUCUGCCGGGGUUUGGGAUGGAUUUGGGAAUAUUUGGAUCCAAACCCAGCAGGAGCAUCCCGGCCUCAUUCCCAACCUCUGGAAUGGGCUGGAAUUGCUCCAAAAUUGGGAUUUUCCCCAAAAAAUUCCCAUUUUGGGAAGGGUUUUCCCCACUCCUCCCCCUGGCGCCGGGAUUGGGGGGGGAAAAUCCCAAAUCCUCGGCCGGGAAUGAAUUCCAUUAAUUGGAUCCCUGAGAUUAAUUGGAUUUCCGUUGUCCUCGGGAGCCCCCAGCCGUGGAAAACCCAGGAAUGGGAGGGGAAAAAACUGGGAAAGGUUUGGGAACCCCGAAAUUCCCCAAAAAUCCCCUUUAGCUCCCCCAGUUUGGGUAAAAUCCCAGGAAAAAACCCAAUUUUGAUCCCGAUUUUUCCCUCUAUCCCCAAAUUCCAACGGAUCAAGGAGAACUGAACCACCCUGGGGGUUUUUUAAUCCAAAAAAAAACCUUGGAAAAGGGAGAAAUCCAAAAAAAACCCCAAAACCGAAUCCCUGCCCCUCCCUUUUCCCGUUUUUCCGGCUGCUCCCGGCGUUCCCAUUCCUCGGUUUCCCGCUGGGGAAAAGCCUCGUUAGUGUAAUUAAUUGUAACAUAUUCUUUUAAAUAAAUUGAUUUAUUGAGGAAA